CCCCCACCCCCCUUCCUCCACCGCCCGGUUGCACGCGUGGUGCCGAGCCAGCGCAGAAGGAAGCGUGUGCUCCCCUCCAUCCUUCUUUAUCUCCCUCCCCGGUCCCACCGCAUAGCUGAGCUCGCUGUGCUUUUCCCCCGUGAGCCAUGGAGCGCAGGUUCACGCCGCUGGACUGCCUCCUGCCCGCCGGAAACCUGAAGUUUUGCCUUCUGAUUCUGAACCAGCCUUUCAACAAAGGUCAUUUUCAUUGUCUGUGGAGCAAAGCUGCACUGAGAGCUUGUGCUGAUGGAGGUGCCAAUCGUCUCUAUCACAUCACAGAAGGAAACCAAGACAGCUUCUUGCCUGAUUACAUCAGUGGUGAUUUUGAUUCCAUCCAGCCUGAAGUCAAGGAGUACUACAAGGUCAAGGGGUGUGAGUUAAUUGAGACCAUGGAUCAGGAUCUCACAGAUUUCACCAAGUGCCUUCAGAUACUCCAAAAAAAGAUACAGAAGAAGGGACUCCAGAUUGAUUUGAUUGUGACUUUGGGUGGACUUGGAGGACGCUUUGACCAGAUAAUGGCAUCAGUGGAAACACUUUUUCAUGCAACAACUAUCACUCCUUUUCCAGUGAUAGUUAUCCAAGAGUGCUCACUGAUUUACCUGCUUCAACCUGGUAAGCAUAAGCUGCAUGUGGACACAGGACUGGAAGGUGACUGGUGUGGCCUCAUCCCCAUUGGGAACUCCUGUGAGAGCGUGACCACGACAGGCCUCAAGUGGAACCUGGCUAACCAGGUGCUGAAGUUUGGAACCCUUGUCAGUACUUCCAACACCUAUGAUGACUCCGGGAUUGUGACCAUCGAGACUGACAAGCCUUUGCUGUGGACAAUGGCUAUCAAAGGAUAAGAUGAGCUACAGCUGCCUUUUCUGGUCUGACUCAACUGAAGUGACUGCAAAAUUUUACUGAAUUGAGACAGUAAAGCUGUUCUGAAAGAUAUAAGCAGGCAGUGGUUUAUAUGUACUGAAUGGAAAAUAAGUUUGAAAUAAAAGUCACUUGAGAUGAAAUCAAGAUUAUUAGCCCUGAGUAUUGCAUUCUGGUACCUCAUACUACUUAAUCAGAAGACGCACGAGCUGCCACCCAAUACAAUCACAAACAAGUGAAUGUUAAAAAAAUCCUUCUUAUUUCUGCUUACUUCAGAUUAUUUUUACAAAGCAUUUUACUCUUGCUUUUAAUAUUUUACUUUACUACUUUUUCCCCUUCUGCCAAAAGGAAAUCUAGUACAUAGUUGCACAUACUGUAACUAUAUUAGAAGGUGAUAGCACUAAGAGGAGUUAAUCUCAUUUUUCUGUCCUGGAUUGUGACAUAAGUGCUGGUCAAGAUUUCUCCAGAAAAGUAAUAAAUGAACUUUUCUGCUUAGGAAGUAAGUUUGUGUACUGAAAGAUCUUUAGGUUUGCUGUAAUAUCAGUAUUUCCCAGCAUUAAGUGCUUUGAAAAUCUGUAAUAGAAGUAGAGUUUUAAGUUUUGCAAAUACCAAAUGCUUACAUUUGGAAGGAAAUACAAACUUCUUAAACUCGAUUAGAAGAGGAAGAGCACUGCAUCUACUAGUUUCUGCAAGGUUAGUUUUUAAAAUCAAAACAUUGACUAAUUUAAUAAUGUAAACUUCCAGGUCAACAAAUGCAGAGCUGUUUAUAAUUCUUUGGGCAGUUCUCUUACAGAACCAAUAUCCAAAAUGGCUGUAUAUCCUAUCCAACAGUGUGAGCAAGUUGUUGAUUCACUGAAGGAGUGCUUAGUAUCUCUGACAACUAAAUUAAUCUUAAACUGUACAUCUCAGUAACCAAGUCUUGCUUCCCUUAAUUACGCCAUCAGAAUAAGGACUGGCAAUGCAAGUUCUUUAUUUGAUGGAAGUUUCCUUACCAGUAAACUACAUAAAACCUAACAGGAUUUCCAAAUGCAGAUGGGAAUUAAGGGUAAUGAUUGUGAUUCCAGAAAUUAGUGACAAGAAUUCCAGCUGACAGACUUCUGAAUUGCUGUUUGAGGGGAUACAGUAAUGCCGUUUUCUUGCUCUCUUGCUUUUGCUGGAACAACACUGUUUACUAAGCAGUAAAUUAAGCAUUGGAAUAGCUUCUGAGGAGAGGAGUACAGUUGUCACCAUUGCAGGUUUUCAAUAUCCAACUGGAUAGAGCCUUAAGUAACCUUGUCAGAAUGCAACACAGACCCAGUUUUAAGCAGGAGGUUGGACUAGAGACCUGCCAAGGUUCCUUCCUACCUGAAUGAU